AUGCAGCUGGGGUGUGGGCGGGCCUUCGGGGCGCACAUGCGCGCUGUCUUUUGCACCAGCGAUGGUCGGCGGCGGUAUCUGGGUCGCGUCUCGGCUGGCUGGCGGCCGGGCCCCGGGGUCUGCGCAGUCCCCCAGGCCGCAGGCCUUGGCACCGAGGCCCGGAAUCGGCCGAAACCUCGACACUCCGAUGGCCGGUCGGGAUGCCCACGGGACCCGCCGUUUCCGGGGCUGCUGCAGCUGGAGGGUCUCAGUGCCACGGAGUUGGUUGAUGUGCUGAGGGCAGGUGUGGUGGAUCAGAAAGGACCUCUCGUGGUGGUCAACAAGCCCCCAGGCCUGCCAGUGACAGGGAAACCAGGCGUCCUGACACUGCUCUCAGUGCUGCCAGAGUUAAGCCAGGCCCUGGGGCUCAGGGAGGGAGCACUCCAAGUUGUUCGAGCCCCUGAGAAGGACUGCUCUGGGCUUGUGCUUCUCUCCAGUUGUCCCCAGACUGCAAGCAACCUCCACAAAUUCUUCGCUCGCUCACGGAGAGUCCAAAGACCCACAGCUCUCUACUGGGCCGUCACAGACGGGAUCCCAGCCACUUCUGAGGGGAAGAUCCAAGCAGCCCUGAGACGGGAACACACGGAUGGGGUUGAUCUUGUCAUUCCGGUGAAGACCCCGUCUCGUAAGGACAUCCUGGAAGGUGUCAAGAGGACUGUCAGCCACUUCCGUGUGGUGGCCACAGGCUCCGGCUGUGCCCUGGUCCAGCUGCAGCCGCUGACAGUGUUUCCCAGUCAGCUCCAGGUGCACAUGACCCUGCAGCUCUGCCCAGUGCUUGGGGACCACAAGUACUCUGCCCGAGUGAGCACCGUCCUGGGCCAGCGCUUUCUACUGCCAGCUGAGAGCACCAAGUCCCCCAAACAGGUCCUGGAUGAAGCCUUCCUUAGACACCUGCGCCUGACCCCCGCCCAGGCCACCCAGUUGCCCUUGCACCUCCACCUGCACCGACUCCUCCUCCCGGGCCCCAGGCCCCAGGAUGCCCCCACGGAGCUGCUGGCACCUUUGCCCCCUUAUUUCUCCAAGACACUUCAUUGCCUGGGGCUCCAGCACCAAGCGUCACCGCCUGUUCCUGGUGCCCAGAUGCCUGCUGGAGGGCAGCAGUAGUGAGAGGAGAGCGAGGGGCUCUCGGCCAGGCCCAAGGAACACGAGGCCGGCACUUGGCCUGCAGGCUGACUCACCCAGUUGGAGCUAGGGACCUCACCUCUUUGAACAUGAAACAAUAAAAGCACCUACUUCGUGGUACUGCUGGCGAGACUCACCGAGAAAGGAAA